GGUACCUCCUCCAGCUGAGCUGUGUCUGCAGUGGAACCAGAGGAUCCUCUUAACCAUGAGGCUACUCAUCCAGACCUUCACCAUCUGCCUGGCCCUCUCUCUUUGCUUGGCAGUUCCCACGCAUCAUCAUGAGCCUGGUAAUGAUGAACAGGUAGCUCAUGGUCCUGGCCAUAACAACAAUGAUCAUGGCCAUAACAACAAUGAUCAUGGUCAUAACAACAAUGAUCAUGGCCAUAAAGACAGCCAUCACUUUGACCGCUGCAAGGAAUUAGUGUUUGAUGCUGCGAUUGAGAGCAAUGAAGGAAUUUACUACUUCUUCAAGGAUGAUCAUGUGUUUAAGGGGUUCCAUGGUGAGGGUGAGCUUACAAAUAAGACCUUCCCUGAACUGGAUGACCAUCUGGUGGGACACGUGGACGCAGCAUUCCGCAUGCCAUCUGAGGACAGUCCUGACCACCAUGAGCACGUGUUUUUCUUUCUGGAUAACAAGGUUUUUAGCUAUGAAAAUCACAAGCUGAAUGAUGGAUAUCCCAAAGACAUCGCUGAGGUGUUCCCUGGUAUUCCAGACCAUUUGGAUGCUGCAGUUGAGUGCCACAAGCCUGACUGCCCCAAAAACACUGUAAUCUUUUUCAAGGGUCAUGAAAUCUACCACUUUGACAUUGACAGCAAGGAGGUACAUCAUAAGGAAUUCCAAAGCAUGCCCAACUGCUCUGCUGCCUUCCACUAUACGGGACACUAUUACUGCCUCCAUGGCCAUCAUUUCUCUAAAUUCAACCCCAAUACUGGGGAGGUUCAUGGAAGAUAUCCAAAGGAGGCUCGUGACUACUUCAUGAGUUGUCCUCAUUAUGGUGAUAAGACUGAGAAAGAACACAUCGAGAGAGAACAGUGCAGCCAUGUGCACCUGGAUGCCAUCACUGAAGACGAUGAUCAUGAUCUGUUUGCUUUCCGAGGCCACUACUAUCUUAGUAGAAUUGAUGGAAAAACUCAUGCUGGCACUAUUGAGAGCGGCUUUAAAGAUCUGCAUGCUAACAUUGAUGCUGCCUUUGCCCAUGAUGAGCACAUACACAUUAUUAAGGAUGACAAAAUGUAUGUCUAUAAUAUAUCACACACACCUGGAGAGCCUCACCAUCUCAGAGAAGGGUACCCCAAAACUGUGAAGGAUGAACUGGGACUUGAGGGUCAUAUAGAUGCUACCUUCAUUUGUCCUAAAGAUCACAUUGUUCAUGUCAUCCAAGGAAAUAACAUAUAUGAUGUGGACUUGAAUGCACAUCCACCAACCCAUACAGAGGCAAAACCUAUCCCAUUUAAGCAUGUUGAUACUGCUAUGUGUGGAGACAAUGGUGUGAUAGUAGUGGUUGAUGAUGAUUACUAUCACUAUGCAUCACCCAUGAUAUUCCUUGCUGCCAGGAUACAGCCUCCUAAGCAAGAUGUGGCAACGGGUCUGCUUGGCUGUCCUUAUUAUGAUGGUAAGACUGAGGCAGAACACAUUAAGAGAGAACAGUGCAGCCAUAUGCACCUAGAUGCCAUCACUGAAGACGAUGAUCAUGAUCUGUUUGCUUUCCGAGGACACUACUAUCUUAGUAAAAUCGAAGAUAAUUAUCAUGCUGGCCUUAUAGAGAGUGGCUUUAAAGAUCUGCAUGAUGAUAUUGAUGCUGCCUUUGCCCAUGAUGAGCACAUACACAUUAUUAACAAUGACAAAGUAUAUGUCUAUAAUAUAUCACACACACCUGGAGAGCCUCACCAUCUCAGAGAAGGGUACCCCAAAACUGUGAAGGAUGAACUGGGACUUGAGGGUCAUAUAGACGCUACCUUUAUUUGCCCUAAAGAUCACAUUGUUCAUGUCAUCCAAGGAAAUAAUAUAUAUGAUGUGGACUUGAAUGCACAUCCACCAACCCAUACAGAGGCAAAACCUAUCCCAUUUAAGCAUGUACAUACUGCUACGUGUGGAGACCAUGGUGUGAAAGUAGUGGUUGAUGAUGAUUACUACGAAUAUGAAUCACCCAUGGCAUUUGUUGCUGCCAAGAUCGCGCCUGAGAAGAAAAGUGUGCCCAAAGACCUGCUUGGCUGUACCCCUGAAGCGUAAAGGACAGAAAGAAGAUAGCGCCACAUCUAAAGGAAGAGCACACAAUUUCCAUCAUCUGAAUCAUGCAAGGCUGUAGUGACGUUCCUCUGACAUUUGUCACGGCCUCAAAUGUAUGGCCUCAAAUGUAUUUUCCUACCUCUGGUGCUCCGAUUAACUAAGCCUGACUUUUACUCCACAAACUGCAAAUUGAGCUAUGUUUCUUUAUUUGUCACUGUGCAGUGUGUCAUUCCAAAUAGCUAUUAUGUGCAACAAGGCUAUUACUGUAUGUCUCUGUCAGUGCUGUCUGUAAACAUAGAGAACCACCUGUGCACUUUGUGGCUGAUAAAUAAACUAAAGAAAACAUUUUA